AUGGGUGAUUCAGAUCAGGAGAAGGUGAUCGCAACUUUGAAAGCAUACCUCAAGUUAUGUGCCAAACCCAGUCACCGACCUCUUAUUUUGAAAGAUCAAACUAUUCUGCACGUUCUGAAGAGCUUUUUGGGAGAUGAUCGUGUUGUUGUUAUGACUUACCUCGUCAAGAUCCUGUUAUAUUUGUCGGAAAAUCCGGACGAUGCAUUGGUGUUGAGUAAUGUGGGCGGACUUGAGGAAAAUCUAGCGUCUGCAGCUGAGAAAUCGUUUCCACCAAAUAUUGUCUACAACAUUCUUAUUAUUGUCUCCCGUCUCAAAUCCGCGCAGGACAAAGCGGCUCGUAAUAAGCGAAUAAUCAACAAUCCUGUUUCUGCUCCGGCUGAUGAAAGUUGCAUAGGUGGUGGUGGAACUAUUUCACGAAAAUUUGUCUCCCGCAAAUCAAAGCAGCUGAUUUACGAGUUUGACGAACUGUGGGAGGAGCUUAAAAAUGAAAUCGAGCGUCGCGUAUUGGCUAAAAAAGGUGUCAUCAGCAUUUAUUUCAACAUGACAACUAAUAGAGCAACCAUACGUACAGUUCUUAAUGUCGACGCCCAAGAAAUAACUGACUUGCUCUUCGAUUGUGGCUGUGAAAUGGUGACUCAAGUGGUGAAAGUAGAUGGCGUUGACGAGUUGUUCAAAAUGUAUGCAAGUGAACGAGAAAAGAAGGUUGUGAAGCUGCCAGACUAUCUUGACGAUCUUGAAGUAGUCGAUCCUAAUUCGUGUGUCGUCACAAAUGACUACGCUAGUGCUCGUAAAGAUGGAGGUGGAUGGUUCAACACUCUGUCAUCGUUUAUGCGAGGUGACGUACUUGUUGCGAACCAAAUGCAGUCAAUGAACAUUGGCUCUAAUGGUUCUGAUUAUAUAAACGACCUGUAUCGAGCAUACCAAGAUGCUGAAACAAUGUAUACUGAAACCCGUUCGUCUCGUAUUCGCGCUGCUAUGUUCCCUGAAAGUGAAGCUGGUCCAUCGAGUGGGAUCCCUCAUCGCGCUACGAUCAUUGAACAGAUGUCACUACCAGCUCGUGUUCUGAAAACGGCAGUACUCGAUCUGCUUUCUUUUGAAGGGACAUCUGAUAUUAGCCUACUCCCAAUCCCGGAUCUUGUUGACCUCAUGUCAGAUCGCGAUGAGGUAUUCAUUAUAUUUACUGUUUUUUGGAUAUUCAAAUGCUUAUGCUUGAAAUAUCUUCUCAGGCGGUUUUGGCCCGUGCUGUACAACGUGAGCGACAAUGUGAACGUAAAACGUGAUGCAAUUGGAGCGCUGAGCCAUAUCUCUGAACAUCCGCAAGGAAGAAUGCAAAUUUUCCGAUCUGGUGGACUGGCUGAAUUAAUUCGGAUGCUUUAUUGCCCUGUUGAGACGGUUGUGCAAUAUGCUGUUACAACGCUUCGUAAUCUUCUAAUGCAUGUGGAUACCGUCAAGGCGCAGGCACGUGUCCUAGGAGCAAUAGAAGCUCUCGCGCCGUUGCUUCUCAGAAAUAAUUGGAAAUUCUUGGCAUUGGUUGCUGACAGUCUCUACUUUCUCCUGCUUGACGAUCCGCAGUCAAAAAUCGUAUUCUUGUCACUGGGAGGGCCACAAACAUUGGUACACAUCCUCAAUAACUACUCACAAUAUCCAAAGCUAAUGUAUACUGUAAUCCGAUGCAUAAGAUCACUGUCGGUUUGCCAACAGAACAAGGCGGCACUAAUCAGUCUAGGAUGCCUCCCUGCGUUGUACAAGGAAAUGUGCACUGCGGCAGAUGAUCGUGUGCUGCUAGCAAUUCUUGUUGCUUUGAGAAAUUUGUCAGAUGCAGCCACUAACGAGGACAACUUAGCGCC